CGCCGCUCCACUUCUCCCCGCAUUUGAGGCUCCAGCUUCCAUCCAGCUUGACCUCUGGCGAGUCACCCUCCCGCGCCUCACGCCAUGUCCAUAAGAACCCGAUUCCUCAUCAUCUCCGACACCCACGGUGCCACGCUCUCUCCUUCAACCCCAAAUAAUGUUCGAUUUCGUCAAUCUCUCCCUAAAGCGGACGUAUUGUUGCACUGCGGUGACUUGACCAUGGUUGGGCACCUGCACGAAUACCAGACGACGCUCGGCAUGUUAGCGGACAUCGAUGCAGAACUGAAGCUCGUGAUUGCCGGAAAUCAUGACAUCAGCCUAGAUGAUAGGUUUUACCGGAGGAGAGGGCAGUCUAUGCAUAGGUUGAAAGAGCCCGACGACACAAUCCCACAGAAAGCGAGAGCCUUGUGGAUGGGGGAGGAGGCGAAGCGAAGAGGAAUUAUGUAUUUGGAGGAGGGUGUGCAUCAAUUUAAAUUGAGAAAUGGAGCAAGGCUAAAUGUAUACGCCUCCCCUUACCAACCCGAGUUCUGUGCCUGGGCCUUUCCUUACUUCCGCAAUGAGGACAGAUUUAAUCUUCCUCACCAGGCCGCCCCAGGCGCAACCUUUAUUGCCGAGAACCCCGUCCCGGACUUCCCAGCCAUUGAUGUUAUGAUGACCCACGGUCCGCCAUACGGGUGUCUGGAUAAAACAUCUCGUGGAGAGGCUGUUGGGUGCGAUCAUCUCCUCCGAGCCACUCGACGCUGUAGACCCCGUUUACACUGUUUUGGGCAUAUCCACGAAGCAUGGGGUGCGGGACGGGUCACGUGGAAGUUGGAACAGGAGCUAGGCACAAAGUACAAGGAUUAUAUCGAAAAGACGGAGGAUGUAGAGAUUCGUGAAGACAGUGUGAUUGAAGAGAAAGCCGCGUUCUUGGACAUCAGUGGUGGUGGGGCUACGCCACUAGAGUUUGGCAAAGAGACGUUGAUGGUGAACGCCUCUGUGAUGACACUAAGGUAUCGGCCGCAACAAGCCCCUUGGCUAGUGGACUUGGACUUGGAGGGCGCGGAGUAGUAAGGAGAUUGGAAGAUGUUGAUUCUUUCGAAGUAUUUCUGUAUUCCCUUUUUCCCCUCUUAUAGCCGGGUCAAUAUCUAAGUUAAAAUAAGUAUCGGGGCAGUUAAUGUCAGAAUCUGCAUUGAGGACUUUCAGAGAAUAGUCUUAACCAUGUCAGCGACACAUCAACUUCAUAAGUGUUGUGGGUAUCAGAUAUACCAGAAGGCUUGAAAGACAAAUUAUUAGAGAUGUUAGAUGUG